AUGGUGGAACCAGUGAAGCUCAUUGGAGGCUUUGGCAGCCCGUUCGUCCACCGCGCCGAGGUCGCCUUGCGUCUCAAAGGAGUUCCCUACGAGCUCAUCCUAGAGGACAUGACUAACAAGAGCGAGCUGUUGCUGAAGCACAAUCCCGUCCACAAGAAGGUCCCUGUGCUCCUCCACGGGGACAAGGCUGUCUGCGAGUCUCUCCUCAUUGUCGAGUACGUCGACGAGGCCUUUGACGGGCCACCUAUCCUGCCGACUGACCCUCAUGAAAGGUCUGAGGCCCGCUUCUGGUCCAAAUUCUUUGUGGAAAAGUGCUUGUUGUCCCUGUGGCUAGCGCUGUGGACGGAGGGCGAGGAGCAGAAGGUCUUUAUUAUGGACGCAAAAGAGAACCUCACGCUAGUGGAGGCACAACUCAAAGAGAAGAGGUUCUUUGGAGGCGCCACAAUUGGCCUCGCCGACAUCGCCGGUGCCAGCCUACUGUCUCGCUGGGCAAGCGUGAUGCAAGAGGUCGCUGGGGUGAGGGUGAUGACGGACGAUGAGUAUCCUGCUAUCCACCGGUGGAUCGAGGACUACAACGCCGACGAAGCUGUCAAGGAGUGCUUGCCGGACAGAAACCAUCUCAUCUCCUACCUCACCAUGAUCAGGGGAAAGUGUAUCUCCGCGGCCAAGUCCAUGCUACCCAAUUAUCUAGCCAAGAAAUAG